CUGAAGAUCAUCAAAAACUCAGUACCUGCCCGGACGCAAGAGUUAGUACGAAGCGGAUGACAUUUUUUUUAUGUUGGAAGACCCUCGCUGAUUUCGAUUUCGAAGUGCCAGUCGUAGGCUGCUUGAAGAUCAUUGUAAUCUGAUCUGGAGUUGUCGCUUCAUUCUUUUUCGCUUUUCCUCACCAAGUUUUGCGCAGUCGUUCUAAGUCCCAUCUCUCCCCAUAAGAAAAAAAUUAUGGCCCUGAAAAAGAUCUCCCCCUACGACAAGGGCCAGGUUGAACAAUGGCUGCGGCAGGACCAGAAAAUCAAAGAGGUCCAAUGGGACGAGCCGACGGCCGGCGUUUUGGUUCCGAGCGGGUCGCAGCACUUAGGGUACAAGCUCAACUACUACCCGAAAUCCCGGGGGAUUCUCUUUCAAGGCGACCCGAGCAAGGCAAAAGCGGCGGAGACCAGUUUUCUCGCGUUCGUCGCGCGCCAGCGGAAUGGGGGCACAGCACCAACAGCAGCCGCACCAGCAGCUGCACCUGCUGGGUUCCAGCAUCAAGCAUCGAACUUUGGGUUUGGCACAGCUUCCUUCGGCGGCAACAGCGGAUCCGUAGCGAACGGGUUUGGCUUUUCAGCCGGGUUUCAAGCCGCGCGGCCGAAUACCGUGCCCAAUACGUCGCAGUUUGGGAUGAACAAUGGUGUAAUGAAUAACAAUCAACCGCAAGGUGGAGUAUCAUCGGCCUCUUCAGCGGCCUCGUCAGCAUCGUCGUUGAAACGCCCGCGGGAGAAUCUGCAAGGGCUAAAUUUAGACGACGGAGGGUCGGAGCGAAUAGAAGCUGGGGAGCAUGCUGGGCUGUCUUUCAAACAAGUGUUUGAAAAUCACGUGCGCUACGCGAAUUGGAUUUGCGGGGAGCAAGUGCAGCGAUUUCAGCAGUAUUGCCGGAAGAGAAAAGCGGAAAGCGGGAGCGAAGGAGACUCAGCAAAGCGAGCGAGAAUAACACCUUCUGGUUUGCAGCCUCCAGCAGCAGGAGCCCCAGCAACGGCGUUUGGGUCGGCCCCGCUGCCGUUUAAUAGCGGCUCAAUUUUCGGAGCGCCUCAAGCUGCUCCGGCGUCAGCCGUGUCGUCCUCUACUGCAGGUUCAGUAGUUUAUCACUUCUACAUUUACUUCGAUGGGUCCGGCGGCAGCAACAUGAACAUUGCGGGUGCGAACGCCCGCGCGGGUUGGGGCGUUUCGAUUUUCGCGAACAGGGACAACCACGCCGACAGUCCGGAAACCCGGCAGCGAAUCGUCCAAGAGAGCCACCGGAAUCACAUAGUGGAUCUAUCCGGCCCGGUCGUCGUUAGUAAAGGAAAAACAAAUCUCUCCAACCUCGAGAAGUUUAUGGACUUGGGAGCCGAGGUGGCGUCUAACAAUACCGGGGAACUGACGGGCUUUGCGGAGGCCAUGCUGUGGAUCGAUUGCUUUUGUGGUACAGUAGUUUUGAAUGCAAUUGCAAAUGCAAAUCCUGGGUCGACGCAGAGUAAGAGGCCGAAAAUCCUCGUCCUCUACGAUUCCUCCUAUGCCGCCGGCGUCGGCACGGGCGAGAAGAAAGCGCAUAAGAACUUGCAGCUGGUGAACAAGGCACGCGCGGCGCAUCAGGCAGCGAUGAAGAAGGCGGAUUUGAAGUUUGAGUACGUCGCGGGACACUCCGGGGACCCAGGGAACGACCGCGUCGAUCGAUUGGCCGGUGACGCCAUGGUGUCCGGGAAAUUUGCCGCGGUCCCGGGACAUACGAAUAACCCGCUGUUUCGUUGGACCAACGUCAUGGGAUGAUUGAUGAGUAAACGGAUAACAAGUGCAGUGCGUGACUUGCAAGUACGCGCAAAAGUAGAACUAAGUACGCAACACAUACAAAUAUCUUUCCGCGCGAAGGACGGUCAGCAUAUUGAAAGAAAUAAGCUCAUCUUGUGGACGAGCAGCAUUUUGUUCAAUUCUUGCCAGAGAGCUGUUGCAAAUCGCUGUGCUUUUGUCAGGGAGCGCCGCGCUCUGGGCCUGGCGCGUUUCAUUCGUUUGAUGCUGGAGCGCCUGUUUCGCCUGCGUUUUGUGAAGUGGCGCUAUUUCCUUUUGUUUUCGAUUUUCAAUCAGGAGCAGUAUUUGUCUUUUCCAUUUGUCUGUAG